AUGGCGGACCUUAUCUGGCCCGACCGGGGUUCUGAGGCAGGCAAUGGAUUUUUCUCAGAGGCAGUCACAAGCAGAUCUGAUGCUGCGGCAGAUACGACAGCAACACUUGCCGACAAUGCGGGCUGCCGUGUCGUGGUGCAGCCGAACAACAGAGUCCUGAAAUACGGCUGUCGAGUGAAUAUCGGAGAAGCACAUGCGCUGAAGUUUGGACGGGAGCUACAAAUGCCAGUACCCGUCGUUCACGAGACGCGCAGCCUUCGCGAAGGCGGCAUUGAGAUCUGUAUGGACUUCAUCCCUGGUCAACCCCUUGAGGAUAUCUGGCCGACAAUGUCUGCCGAGCAGAAGACAAGCAUCGCCUUGCAGCUUCGCCAGAUAGUCACGACCAUGCGAUCCAGGUACCGCCCGAGCAAUCUAGCAUUGGAGCUUGCGGAGGCGGACCAACGCUGGAUUGCCACGCCGCCCGCCAUCCGGACUUCGAUCUCGAGAAGUUUGCGAACUGACCAUCGUGUGGUCUUCACCCACGGCGACCUCAACCCCCGUAAUAUCAUCGUCGAGAACGGCACUAUUAAGGCGCUACUGGACUGGGAGUUUGCUGGAUGGUACCCUGAGUACUGGGAGUAUGUCAAGUUCUUCGAGCGUGGGACAAGCUGCAAAGACUGGAAAAGCUUCGCCGAUACGGUGUUUGCUGACCCGUACUACGACGAGCUCGUGACGUUCCAGGCUCUUAUCCGCUGGCAGAUGCCGUGA